CCAAGACAACUAAACAAAAGAGGUAGCAAGCUUCACAAAUGAAGUUUAUAAGCAUCUAAUAAGGCCGACUCAUAGAAGACUCAGAAAACUUCCCUUCAGAGAUACCUUUUCAACUUUUAAUCUCUCCAUUAAUUUAUUCUACUACUCCUUCCGAUAACAAGCACCGAUCUAGCUAGCAAUCUAAUUAAUUAGUUCUCCUUUUUCCCUACUCAUCUCUCCUCAUCGAUCCCAUGCACAGUGAAAAGGAGGGCCAGGAAGAGGGGUAUCGGAUGCGGAGAAGAAAGAAACCAAGUGAUGAGGGGCCUGAUCUCUUCCACCCUCCUAUGAGAGCCAUCACCCUCAACAGCUCCUCCUACAAAGCUUCCUGGGAAGAGAAAGCCUUCACAGAAGACUCUGAAGGGCUCUUGGGGGUUUACACAUGGCCUCCAAGAUCAUACGCAUGCAGUUUCUGCAGAAGAGAAUUCCGAUCGGCGCAAGCCCUCGGCGGUCACAUGAAUGUCCACCGUAGAGAUCGAGCUCGGCUGAAGUUAUCCUCAAGUUCCAUCGGCGACAAUCAAGAUAGUCCUGAUGACCAUGGACGUGAUCUCUACCCCAACGCACCACAAGCCACACUGGAAUGCAGUUCUAAACCUAACCCUAAUUCUCUUUGCGGUGAUAUUGCUUCUCCUCUCUCUUCUCAUAAUAGGGAUUUAGUUGUAUCAGCUGCGACAGAAAUUUGGAGUGAGCAUAUCUUCAUCUAUCCUCCCUAUUCUCUACCAAAUGUUCGGCAUAACAAAAAAGACACUACCCUUUCCUUUACUGUUCAGUGUUCUGAUGAAGAUCCAAAAACUAUCGAGCCACCGCGUAGUAUCCAAGAAUUAGCGCACGGAAGAGAUAAUUUAGGUUGUCGGCCACGAAGAUAUCGAGAUGAGGAUAGUGAGGAGACAAUCAACAGCAAGAGAAGCAAAACUAAUCACACAAUAUCUCCCUUGUUCGCAAGAUCUUUUGCAGGAAAAGGUCAGCAGUUGCAACCUGAGGUACUCAAACUUUGUUCUAACUCAGUUGAGGAAUUAGAUCUUGAACUCAGGCUUGGAGAUCCACCAAAAAUUUAAUCAAGUAGCAUAUAUUUUGUCUAGCUUUUGAAUCAUCUGCUGUAUGCUUCCUUGAAGCGCUUUGCUUCGGUUUCCUUUUUAAUUUUUCCCUUUAUUCUUAUCCUAUUCUACCAAAAGGCUAUAUGUUCAUCUGUGAAUUGAUUACAACAAAGAAACUCCUGUUUUGCCAUAAAUUGUAAUAAUUAAAAUGUUUCAUAUAUAACUCUAUUCAUUCUUGCUGAAAAAAGAUAUACAGCUAAAUUCACACUGCAACAAAUAAAUAUAAUAUUUUGCAUUAGUAAACAAUGAUGAGAAAGGUGGAAGAAGAGUCACUAAUAACCUUUGCGAUUCCUACAACUACUACCGUAGGAUAUCAUACUUACAGCAAUACCUUUCUUUCGUUUUUUGAGAGUAAACAAGGCAAAAACCAAAUAGUAUAACCAUAAUUCAGCACCCAUAGAUUGAGAUCAUUUUUUAUUUUUUAUUUUUCAUGUGCAAGAAUAUGGAGAUUAAAAGUACGUAGCUAGUGAUCGUAAUAGUUCAUCUCUUCUGUUUUAGCUCAAAACUGCAGUAAUCUUCUCUUUUUGUUUGCUCUUCUCUAGUUUACAUUCUCUACCGCAGAAGCUUUCAUAUCUCAACAAUCAAAGUUAAUUUUAUUUUAUGUAACUCUCUUUCUUUAUAUAUGUAGUACGCGAUUUUUUUUUCCUUAACCCAGAUACUUUGCAUUGAUGAGAGAACUUUAUGUUCUAAUUAUGACAAUUCUCUUAUACUAUCGUGAGGGAAUGAUAGCAAGAUCAAUAAACUAAUUAUGUCUCCUUUGUCGUGCUUAAUUAUCUGAAUGUCCAAAAUUUAGCCCGUAGAAAUAAGCUUUUUCAUCAGAUACAUUAUAUUAUGCGAAGUAUAAUUUUGGUCAGUGAAUCCUAUGUAUCUUUUGGAAUAAGCAAGAUACAUAAAGUUCAUUGUAUUAUGGAUUUUUGACAAGGCUUUUCGAUAGUUCACAGUGUAAUACAAAUAUGCUAUCCCUUAAUUAAUUAGUUAUUCAUGAGUGAUUUGUUCUAUGGCUGAUAUAUAUGGUUGCUAGACUUUAGUCUAGGCU